CGGGGCCGGGGUCCUGCCCCACGCCGCGGCCCCGCUCGCACAUGCGCUCUGGCUGCAGCCCCGCUGCCGCGCCAUUUUGCCUGGGUUUGAAUGUGAGGCGGAGCACCGGCAGGAGACGGUACUGCUGGCUACAGUGUGCGGCUAGGAUUCCCUCUUCCGUUCCUGUAAACCCACAAGGAGUCUAUAGCAAUGGAGCUCAGUGAUGCAAAUUUACAAACACUAACAGAAUAUCUGAAGAAAACCCUUGAUCCUGAUCCUGCCAUCAGACGUCCAGCUGAAAAAUUUCUUGAAUCUGUAGAAGGAAAUCAGAAUUAUCCACUGUUACUUUUAACAUUACUAGAGAAGUCCCAGGAUAAUGUCAUCAAAGUGUGUGCUUCGGUAACAUUCAAGAACUAUAUUAAAAGAAACUGGAGAAUUGUUGAAGAUGAACCAAACAAAAUUUGUGAAGCUGAUCGAGUAGCCAUUAAAGCCAAUAUAGUGCACCUGAUGCUUAGUAGCCCAGAACAAAUUCAGAAGCAGUUGAGUGAUGCUAUUAGCAUUAUUGGCAGAGAAGAUUUCCCUCAGAAAUGGCCUGACUUGUUGACAGAAAUGGUGAAUCGCUUUCAGAGUGGGGAUUUCCAUGUUAUUAAUGGAGUCCUUCGUACAGCACAUUCAUUAUUUAAAAGAUACCGUCAUGAAUUUAAGUCAAAUGAGUUAUGGACUGAAAUUAAACUUGUACUGGAUGCCUUUGCGUUGCCUUUGACAAAUCUAUUUAAGGCCACCAUUGAACUGUGUAGCACCCAUGCAAAUGAUGCCUCUGCUCUGAGGAUUCUUUUUUCUUCCUUGAUUCUGAUCUCAAAAUUGUUCUAUAGUUUAAACUUUCAGGAUCUCCCUGAGUUUUUUGAAGAUAAUAUGGAAACUUGGAUGGACAAUUUUCAUACCCUCUUGACACUGGAUAAUAAGCUUCUACAAACUGAUGAUGAAGAGGAAGCAGGCUUAUUGGAACUCUUAAAAUCCCAGAUUUGUGAUAAUGCUGCACUCUAUGCUCAAAAGUACGAUGAAGAAUUUCAGCAUUACCUGCCUCGCUUUGUCACAGCUAUCUGGAAUUUAUUAGUUACCACAGGGCAAGAGGUUAAAUAUGAUUUGUUGGUCAGUAAUGCAAUUCAAUUUCUGGCUUCAGUUUGUGAGAGACCUCACUAUAAGAAUCUAUUUGAGGACCAGAACACGCUGACAAGUAUCUGUGAAAAGGUUAUUGUGCCUAACAUGGAAUUUAGAGCUGCUGAUGAAGAAGCAUUUGAAGAUAAUUCUGAGGAGUACAUAAGAAGAGAUUUGGAAGGAUCAGAUAUUGAUACGAGACGCAGGGCUGCCUGUGAUCUGGUACGAGGAUUGUGUAAGUUUUUUGAGGGUCCUGUGACAGGAAUCUUCUCUGGCUAUGUUAAUUCUAUGCUUCAAGAAUAUGCAAAAAAUCCAUCUGUCAACUGGAAACACAAAGAUGCAGCAAUUUACCUAGUGACAUCUUUGGCAUCAAAAGCCCAAACACAGAAGCAUGGAAUUACACAAGCUAAUGAACUUGUUAACCUGACUGAGUUCUUUGUGAAUCACAUUCUUCCUGAUUUAAAAUCACCUAAUGUGAACGAAUUUCCUGUCCUUAAAGCUGAUGGUAUCAAAUAUAUUAUGAUUUUUAGAAGUCAAGUACCAAAAGAGCAUCUUUUGGUCUCUGUUCCUCUCUUGAUUAACCAUCUUCAAGCUGAAAGUGUCGUUGUUCACACUUAUGCAGCACAUGCUCUAGAACGGUUGUUUACUAUGAGAGGGCCUAACAGUGCUACCCUUUUUACAGCUGCAGAAAUCGCACCGUUUGUUGAGAUUCUGCUAACAAACCUUUUCAAAGCUCUCACACUUCCUGGCUCUUCAGAAAAUGAAUAUAUUAUGAAAGCUAUCAUGAGAAGUUUCUCCCUCCUACAAGAAGCCAUAAUCCCCUAUAUUCCUACUCUCAUCACCCAGCUUACACAGAAGCUAUUAGCAGUUAGUAAGAACCCAAGCAAACCUCACUUCAAUCACUACAUGUUCGAAGCAAUAUGCUUAUCCAUAAGAAUAACUUGCAAAGCUAAUCCCGCUGCUGUUGUAAACUUUGAGGAGGCGUUGUUUAUGGUGUUUACCGAAAUUUUACAAAAUGAUGUACAAGAAUUUAUUCCGUAUGUCUUUCAAGUGAUGUCUUUGCUUCUCGAAACACACAAAAAUGAUAUCCCGUCAUCUUACAUGGCCUUAUUUCCUCACCUCCUUCAGCCAGUGCUUUGGGAAAGAACAGGAAAUAUUCCUGCUUUAGUGAGGCUUCUCCAAGCAUUCUUAGAACGUGGUUCAAACACAAUAGCAAGUGCUGCAGCUGACAAAAUUCCUGGUUUACUGGGUGUCUUCCAGAAGCUAAUUGCAUCCAAAGCAAAUGACCACCAAGGCUUUUACCUUCUGAACAGUAUAAUAGAGCACAUGCCUCCUGAAUCAGUUGACCAGUACAGAAAGCAGAUUUUCCUUCUACUAUUCCAAAGACUUCAGAAUUCCAAAACUACAAAGUUUAUCAAGAGUUUCUUAGUCUUUAUUAAUUUGUACUGCAUCAAGUAUGGGGCCCUGGCAUUACAGGAAAUAUUUGAUGGUAUACAACCAAAAAUGUUUGGAAUGGUUUUGGAAAAAAUCAUUAUUCCUGAAAUUCAGAAAGUAUCUGGAAAUGUAGAGAAAAAGAUCUGUGCAGUUGGCAUAACAAAAUUACUAACAGAAUGUCCACCGAUGAUGGACACCGAAUACACCAAGCUGUGGACUCCUUUAUUACAGUCUCUGAUUGGCCUGUUUGAGUUACCUGAAGAUGACACCAUUCCGGAUGAAGAGCAUUUUGUUGACAUAGAAGACACUCCAGGGUACCAGACAGCAUUCUCACAGCUGGCCUUUGCUGGCAAGAAAGAGCACGACCCUGUAGGUCAGAUGGUGAACAACCCCAAAAUUCACCUGGCACAGUCACUUCACAAGUUGUGUACUGCCUGUCCAGGAAGGGUUCCAUCGAUGGUGAGCACCAGCCUCAAUGCGGAGGCGCUGCAGUACCUGCAGGGUUACCUUCAGGCGGCCAGUGUGACACUGCUCUGAUCUGCGUUCCCGACUGGCUAAGCCCACUGUGCGGAAGAAUUAAGUAGAUUUGUGAGCACAGCUGCAUUCAAACAAAGCAAGUUUUCCUUUUGAACUUGUCCCAGUUUUCAUCUUACAGAAGAUAAUAGGCAAUGUUGUUGCUUUAGCUGAACUUUGAGCAGACCCGAUGGUUUGUGUGAUCAUAAAUUAAGUGGAUGACUUGUUUGCCACUUUGAGGGACAAAUACUAACAGUUGUGUACAACCUUGAUUUGAGCGUUUGCACGGUUUAUCAUUUUAAAUUUCUGACAGACACUGUAGAGGCUUUUCUGUUACUAAAUCCUUUUAAGACUCUUGGCCAUUCGUAUUUUCUUGUCCUUUGUAUUUGUUUAAGCUUUUCUUGAAAAGGUCAAAAAGAAAUCAUUUGUGUAACUUGUCAAGCAAUGUACACUUCACGGUUUUAAGUCUGUAAUUAGCAAUAAAGCCCUAAAGUAUGUAUCUGAGAACAUCUUAAAGACAGGUUUCUGGUGCUGACACUUUUAUAAAAGAGAAUUUUGAGUUUUUCCCCCUACCCCCUCAGGACUCCAUAAAAUCCUAAUUUUAAAAUUAUUUAAGGUUAAUUUGUCUUUUUUUCCCCACAAGGGGAAGGAGGCAUUAGCAUAUGUACGAAUUGGGGCCGGUGGUUUCCCCAAGAGAAAAACACUGCUGGCUUCUGCUGAGCACGCCUGAGCAGGGAUGGAUGAGCUUUUCCCCAGCAGCCCCCUUCUCUGCAGAUCAGAUGUCACCUGGGACUUUCCAGGCUGAUGCUAUCAUGGAAGUUUGAGGUCUGGGAGCCGCAGGAAAUGUGUAGUCACCUGGCUGCCUGCUGGACUACUAGUUUUUUUGGUACUGGGGAUCAAACUCAGAACCUUGUGCUUGCAAGGCAGGCAGAGUGCCACUGAGCUACAUCCCUGCCUUUUAGUACCGGGGAAGGAAGUUACAGCAUUUGUUUUCAAGGAGUGAAGAAUCAGAAUGUCCGAAUGUUGGGAAACACACUUACUUAUGCUGGAAUUGUUGAUAAACUGGAACCUCCAUAUUUUUAUAGUAUUGCUUGAUUAAUUUCAAGUUCAGCGUGUCUCUAACAUCUUUUAGGUUUUGUUGCUAUUGGUUUUUUGUUUCGUUUUGUUGAUUCAGGAUCUCACCAUGUAGUUGAGACUGACCUGGAACUCACUAUGUUUGUUGGCCUUCACAAGGUAAUGGAAACAGCAAAUUUUACAUUGCUAUUUUGGCUUCAGUGGUCACUAAGGAUGAUGGAAUGACUUUUUUUUUUUGGUACCAUAGAUCGAACUUGGGACCUUGCAAUUGCAAGGCAGGGCUCAUUCAUCAAGUUCUGAGUGUUUUACCUCCUCGGUUCAGAAUGAAAUACACUUCGUCUUGGUAAAUGCCAAGCAGUUGUGCUAACGUGGCUUCUAUGAAAGACUGGUGUGUUUCCUUUCUUUCCUUUGGCUCAAUUAAUUUAUUAGCAUUCAGUUAAUUUUCAUUUUGUUUUGCUUUUGGUUUUUUUAA